UGUGUGUGUCUGUGUGUAGAUGGAUGGAUUAGAGACCCUCCCUCCCCUUUUUUCGUCUUCUACCCCCCCUCCCUCCACUUUCUUUUCUUUUCUUUUCUUUUUUCCACUUGGAAUAUCGGCUCUGUUUCUCCUCCACUCCUCUUUCUUUGCAAAGAGAGCUUCUUGGGUUGCAUUUUUUCAAAAGAGAGGGAAGGAGGAGGGUGUCGAGGAGAGAGAAAAGAGGGGAAAAGUGGGGUUUUGCUGCUUUUUCGUGUCUGGUUUCCAAGCAAGAAACCUAUCGUGAUUUUUAAUAAAAUCUAUCGGAGCAGGUUGCAAGGAGAAGCAGAUUUUUCCCCCUUUAUAUAAAGAAAAAAAUCUUGGAUUUUAAAACUCAACCUUCUAUUUUAUUGAUUGAUUGAUAUGCCUUUAUUUUAUUUUUGAAGGGAAAAGUAUCCAAACCAGGAGCAGAAGCAGAGAAAUAACUUGAAAGGCAGCUUUUCCCCCCCUUCUUUUCCUUUUCUUUUGAGAAACAAAACUUGGGAUCAAGUUGUAUGUUUUGAGUCUUGGAGUUUCUCUCCCUCGCCUUUCUUAAUGGUUUCUUUUUGGAGAGAGAUUUUAUUUUAUGUUUUAAUGGGACAAAAAUCGAUCUCUUGGUUGGGAACUCGCUUCCUGGACUCUGUAGCACACAAUUUGGAGAAGGCUUGUGAAUAAGAUGAAAUAAAACCUGCUCUUGGUGUGGAAAUCAGGAAUUGUUUUAAUGGAUUUUUCCCCCCUUUGGUUUUAAUUCUAUCCUAGGCAUGACCGAAUCCCAGAGAAGAAAGACAAAACCAAACUUUGCUGGCUGAGUCGAUUUCUCUUUCUUUGCAAGACUGUGAGGAUAGAGGAAUACUGGGACAGUCCUUUGGAGAUGACCAGAAUCGGUCUACAGUGGCUGCAUCUUUUUUCCAGGUUCCUGACUAUCUUUCUCCCUUCGGACUGAACAUUUUCCUUUCUCUUUUCCUGGCCUUUUUGGGAGAUGACUUCUCUUCAGUGCCUAUGAGGAGUUGGAGAAAAAGGUGAAGAAGUGGAUAGAUUGGGUUCACGUAUGGACUGAAAAAACACCCCACGCUCAUCGGUUCUUCAAACUCUCCCCGCGGGUUGUGGCAUCAAAUCCUGGACACUCUUGCAAACACAUCCAAGGGCUGGUUUGUAAUAGAUAGACUUGACUAACUGGGAUGUUUGUGGCCCGUGUUUUGUAAGGCGGUCCAAAGAGCGCCUGAGCAAUGGGUUCUUUGUGGAAUGGAAUGAAUUAGGGGUGUGCAUUUUUGGGGGGGUGCACUGAGUUUGCAUCACGAAGGAAGAAAAGACAAAAACAAAAACCCACAGACGACUGUGGGUUGGUAAGGGGGGGAACCACUCCGGAUGACCCCCCCCCCAGGCCACCUUUGCAAGGAAAAAAAUCCCAGCCAUAAAGGGGAAAAAUGUACUGGCUACUUUGUUCCUAAAGGCAAAGCUUGAGGAAAGGAUAACAAAGAGCUCACCAUCAUUUUAAAAAUUGUCAGAGCAAAGGGGCGAAGAAGACAAAAAGAAGGGGACUGAGGAGGCGAAAAUCCGGUACGAUGCCGCAAUUGGAGGUAGCUGCUUUGCUUGUCACCCUGGUCGGGGUCUGCGUGUGGACGGACGACAGCAGCAAAGUGAUAUCGGAUCGCUACGCGGUGUAUUGGAACAAAAGCAACCCCAGGUUCCAUCAGGGCGACUACACUGUGGAAGUGAGCAUCAACGACUACUUGGAUAUUUAUUGCCCGCACUACGAGAUCCCUUUCCCCAUGGACCGCAUGGAGCGGUACAUCCUCUACAUGGUAAACUAUGAAGGCCACGACUCCUGCGACCAUCGGCAAAAUGGCUUCAAGCGCUGGGAGUGUAAUCGGCCGGAUUCACCCAACGGGCCACUGAAAUUCUCCGAAAAGUUCCAGCUCUUCACCCCUUUCUCUCUGGGGUUCGAAUUCCGACCUGGGCACGAGUAUUAUUAUAUAUCGGCCACCCCACCCAACCUGGUUGACAAGCCCUGCUUAAAGUUGAAGGUUUACGUCCGACCGACAAAUGACUCCCUCUACGAAUCUCCAGAACCAAUAUUCACCAGCAAUAAUUCCUGUUGCAGCUUCACCGUCCCAGAUGCCUUCUUCGUGGUGGUUCCCGUUUUUUGGACGAUUCUCACCUCCUAGCCCAAGUGUGAGGAUGGGAAGAGAAAACCUGAGUCCCUUUCUGGCCAACCGCUGCAAAGAGGGGAAACAACCACAACAAGAGCAAAGAGAACAUUUGGGAAAACACGAAUGAACGACAGAGAGAGAGAAAGAGAGGGACAGAAUGUGACCAGGAGAGAGGACAGAGUUUCUCACUUGAUCGCCUAAAAGAAAAACAAACUUUGUCCAGAUUUUUGGGGGAGGGGGGGAAAGGGGUUUAGUUACAGUGAUUUUAUUUUUGGACUGCGGUCUCAACCACAGCUUAAGAGAAAGGGGGAAACAGGUUGGUGGAUUCCUUCUUCCUUCCUAGCUUUUGUUUUGUGCAACUAAAUACAAAGUCAUUGAUACAAUCAGUCCCCUGGAAGACCUGGGUGCCAAGCAAGGCAAGAGGAUUUUUUAAGAAACACGUCCAGGGAGCUGAGCUGGUUCCAUGCUUCCCAAACUUUCGACGGACCAAUUUCACCUGGCCGGGAGUACGAUCUGUCCCCUUUGGAUUGAUUUUCCCUUCCCUGUUCCGAACCUCGCAAUGGCGUUUUACUUUUUGAAAAAUUUCUAGACCAAAUAUAGUUGUGGGUUUUCCCCCCUAUGGUUUCUCCCAAUCUAACUUUCUUUUUUUGUCCUAUAUAUUCCAUACCUAUUUCCUGCAAUCGGGACACCACCCCGAGGAGGAGAGAAAGGGUCUUACAUGGUGCUUAAUUUGGAAUCCCAUCCUCUCUCUCUGCGUUCCCUUUCAAUGGGGUUACUUUGAACUUCUGGUUGGAGAGGAGAAUAAUGCAUUCAAACAGUGACCGACUUAGCAUUUCUCAGUUAAUGAAACCAUCGGUCAGGCCGCUGGGAUUGCAAUUUGUAAGGCAUGGGGGGCCACAGCACCGUGUUCGCUUUGGAAAGGCCUCACUGAGGACUAGACGACUGCUCUGUCCCAACUGAGUCAGCCUGAUUUUUGUCCUUCCAGCAAAAGUGAUAAAGGAAAGUAUUAACGUACUAAGAAUGGAUCUUCCAUUUCUAAGGAGGGGAGCCGCAUAAAGUGGAUCAUCCAUCACUUCAGAAGGAGAGGACUUGGGACCUUAAUCCAACAGCCAGAGAGGCUAUGGUUUUCCCAGACCAAGAACUGGGAGACUGGGACCUUCAGAACAACAUUGAUCUUUUCAUAAGGAAUUGGGGAAGGGAGGGGAGGGAGGGAGAAUCAAGCACAAUACAAUCACAACAUUUGACGCGACAAGGUGCGCAACCAUAUCCUGGGAAUGCAGAGCAUUCGAGGUUCAGGGCAACAGACCCUCAGCUUCCCCCACUGCCAUGAGUUUACAAGAGACCUGGUCACCUCCUAGAGAUGUGGGGCUUGACUGUCAUUCCCCCCUUGACCCAUGUUUCUAUGCUACCAAGAGUGUAAAAAAGUGAUCCCAGUGUGGUCUUGAGUGAGAUCCAAAUCAGGAGUUGAAUUAGUUACGAGGAAGAUUUGGGAUUUGGUUCCAUCCCCUCUUAUUCUUUCCCCGUCCCCUUCCUCCAUGACUUUUUACUGCCACCACCUAUGUGCAUAGAUUCCCAUCUCAGCUGUGCUUAGGUGGCCGUAGCUGAUGAUGAUGUGGAAAGCACUGCACAUGCUCAGCCCCAAGAAAAUUUGCUUGCAAAGGAAGGGAUUUGGCUUUGGGGGAGGGAAUUGGGUGGCGGUCAAUGUCCAGGACCAUAACUCAUUGCUAGAGCUAAUUGCUGGAAUCCUAGAUCAGCUACAGUACUUAGUUACAUCUGCAUCACAAAGUCCUGGUCCGACUCACCACUGUCCACCUUAAAAGACAGCGGUCAGUUCAGCUUCUAUUUGGGGCCCAAGGAUGAUAGCAUUUCUAUGAGUGGAGUGGAAAGCUCCACCUACUCCUCUUUGUGUCCCGACUGGAAGCUCCCCAUCACCACCACAAUCAUGUCCUGAUAAAAGGGAGGGAGGAAUCGAACCCAUAGCCAGUUGAGAGAUGGAAAGGCAGGCAUUUGGGGGAGGCCUGGGGCCCUUUAAUACUGUAUCGUUACAGCCAUAUGAUGCCACUUUAACUGCCGUGGCCAUAUACUAUGCAAUCCUGGGAAUUGUAGUUUGGGGAGUCACUAGAGUUCUCUCUCUGGCUGAAAAGUCUAAAAACAAACCAACCUUAAACUGCAAAUUCCAGAAUUGCAAAAGACUGAACCAUGGAAGGCAAAGUAGGCCCAUAGUGCUAUAUUAGCGUAGCCUAGUGGUUCCCAAACUUUGGUUGCCUGGGUGUUUUGGAUUUCAACUGCCAGAAGCCCCAACCAACUUGGGCAACAGUAUGGGAGUCUGGGAGCCAAAAUCCAAAAACUCUGGAGGGCCAAAAUUUGGGAACCAUUGCAGGGCCCCAAUAAGGAGGGAUAUAUGUCCCCUGAAAAUCUUUCCUAGGAAGGGAACAAGUUAAGGAGAAAGAAACCUGAAUUACGGUGGUAAGAUUGCACUUUAACUGCCAUGGUUGCAUCCUAUGGAGAGCUAUAGUUUGGAGAGGCAGGCUGACAUUCUGAAUACUCUCCCACAAAACGACAAAUCCCAAAAUUCCAUAGGAUGGAACCAUAGCAGAAUCAUAGUGCUAUAACCGUAUGGUGUGGAAGGGCUCCAGGUAGAGGUCAGCUGGCCAACGGAUGAAUGUCUGAAAAUCAGGUUUGGUGGUGUCUUCUUAGAGAUAACAUAUAUUUGAAUGCAAGAACAACACAAAAGUCACCUUGAAACGCCUGUGGCUGUGACAGGGCUGCCAUGACCACCUCGACGGUACGAAAAGGCUGGGUUUGGCUGGAUGGUUUCUGCCGACCAGGAGAGAAAAGAAAGGACCUGAGACAGAAGAAGGCAAUCGUUGGAGUCUUAAUCCACAUUCCCCGUCUACCUUCCCCAAACGCCCCCCAACCUCACCAAAGGAUAUUCCAGCCUUUAAGGAAACUUAUUCCAACGUCUUCUUCCCUGCCGCUCCUUUCCAAACACACCACUUCGACAAUCUUCCGACGCAUAGCUCAUGAGGGACCCACAAAAACAAAAAAAGGCAAAACAACACAGCCACCGCAACGCACAACUCCGCUCCGUCUUUACGAGCCGAGGGACUCGCUUGGAACAGUUUGUUAGAUUCCUGUACAUAGUGCCAGCAGGCAUAAUACUGUGAUUAUGAAUUAUUAUUAUUAUUAUUAUUUUUAAUGGAUUUGUCUGAAAAAGAAAUGAAUGAUUUUGAUGGACGGGUUUUAUUAUUUGAAAUGUUCAUUUCCUUUGGGGGUGGGAUGACUGUUGAUUUUGGUUUUUUUUAAAACAAGAAACCUAAAUUCUUCUUUUCUUUCUCUUUCUUCUUCCCUCCCUCCCUCUCUCCUUCUCUUUUUAAAAAACCCUGCAAUAAUCUCUCAAUGAUCAAAAAAUGUUUUUCAAAUGACCCUCCUUUCCCUCUUCCCUUCUUCCUCAUUUCAUCCUUUGUAUGUAGACCGGGUAGCACUUCUUACAAGCAAACACAGACA